AUGUAUAAUGGUAACAACCCUUAUCAACAAUCAAAUUUACGAUCUACUGAAAAUCAACAGCAACAAAAUCAAGCUGCACAACAAAAUCAACAACUCAUGCAACAACCAUCGCAGCAAUACCCGACUGGUAGAGACCUUUGGCAAAGUCAAGGCCGAAACCUUUAUCCACAACCUCAAUUCCAAAUUCAACAACAUCAGGUAACAAAUAAGAAACACCCUUUAUCAAACGCUACCAUAUCUACAGGAGCAAUGCAUGGGAAACAACCCAUGUUAAUGGCAAAUAAUGAUGUAUUUUCCAUUGGGCCAUAUAAGGCAAGAAAAGACAGUUGUAGGAUAUCAGUCAUUGAAAAGUAUGAAAUUAUUGGCUAUAUUGCUGCAGGUACUUAUGGGAAAGUUUACAAAGCUAAAAGAAAGGUACAACAAGCUUCCUCUGAUUCUAAUUGUUCUAACGUAAGUUCAAGUUUGGACUCUAGUAAUAAUUCACCCAUGAAAAAUAUUGAUGAGGUACCAAUAUCUCAAACAAAUUCUACUAAUGUUACAAAUUUUGAUCCUAAAACUGAAAGGAUACGAACAGCUUCAACUAAACAAGCUUCCAUGUUUACUUACAAUAAUGCUAAUACUAAUAACAAUAGUAGUAGUAACAGUGAUUCAAUUGAUUUUUCUACUUCAAAUGGUCCCAACAGUAGUAACGAUAUAUCUACCACUGCACCUAUGCAAAUCAAUACCGGAAUGGGGCCGCCCAAAUCUAUGGUAAAAAAAAGUUUGUCCCAAAUUAUUAUGCUAUUAAAAAAGUUUAAGACUGAGAAGGAGGGACUAGAACAAUUACAUUACACGGGAAUUUCUCAGAGUGCAUGCCGAGAGAUGUCAUUAUGUAGAGAAUUGAAUAAUAAACAUCUAACGAAACUGGUUGAAAUUUUCCUAGAAAGGAAAAGCAUAUAUAUGGUUUAUGAAUAUGCUGAGUACGAUCUUCUUCAAAUUAUUCAUUUCCAUUCACAUCCUGAAAAGAGAAUGAUACCACCAAGAAUGAUAAGAUCAAUAAUGUGGCAAAUUCUGGAUGGUGUUUCAUAUCUUCAUCAAAAUUGGGUAUUGCAUAGAGAUUUAAAACCAGCAAAUAUUAUGGUAACAGUAGAUGGGUGCGUUAAAAUUGGUGAUUUGGGUUUAGCGAGAAAGUUUUUUAACAUGGUACAGACUCUUUAUACAGGUGAUAAAGUUGUCGUCACCAUAUGGUAUAGGGCUCCUGAAUUACUAUUAGGUGCUCGUCAUUAUACUCCAGCAAUCGAUCUUUGGGCUGUGGGAUGUAUCUUUGCUGAACUGAUUGGUCUCCAACCAAUUUUCAAAGGAGAAGAGGCUAAGAUGGAUUCUAAGAAGAGUGUUCCUUUCCAAGCAAAUCAAAUCCAACGUAUUUUAGAAGUACUUGGUAGUCCAACUUUGAAAACAUGGCCCAAUAUAAAUAAAUAUCCAGAGUAUGAUCAACUAAUGAAAUUCCAAAGAUAUAAAGAUAAUCUACCUACUUGGUAUCAUUCAACGGGAGGAAGAGAUAAGUCAGCUCUUGAUUUACUAUAUCAAUUGUUACGCUAUGAUCCAAUCUCAAGAAUAGAUGCUGUAGAUGCAUUAGAUCAUCAUUAUUUCACAAACGGUGAGGCACCCGUAUCUGAGAAUGUCUUUGAAGGUUUGAGCUAUAAAUAUCCGGCAAGGAGAAUUCAUACCAAUGAUAAUGAUAUAAUGAAUCUAGGAAUUCACAGGAAUAAGAAUUUACUUCAGCAACCUCAAUCAAAUACCAAUAGUAAGUCAACUUCUACUACAUUAGGAGGACUUGGUGUAAAUAGAAAGAUCCUAGCCGCCGCAGCUGCCGCCGCAGCAGCUGUAUCCGGACUCAAUUCAAAAUUAAAUGAACCAUCGAAAAAGAAGAGGAGAUGA